AGACUGAUAUAAUUUCAUAUUUAGUACACGUUCAGCUAUGCACAGUGAGUUGAAAGUCAUAAAUAUAUAUACUUUUUAAAUCUUUACCACAAUUGGAAGGUGACACAGUGGUCGAUAUUAUGGCAGAAUUUAAAAGACAUCAUUUAGUUUGAGGUUGCACAUCAGCCGCAUGCCCACGCGUGCGUCAUUGCGCAGGAGCGCGCCCAUAGAGGAAUCUGCUGACUGAGCACAAGCGGCUGUAUUGUCCUUCUUAUACGGACUCCAAUCCAAGUGUUGUCUUUAGUAGAACUGUGUGACAGCCUGCAUUGGACGGACGGACGGACGGACGGACGCACACCGGAUGUGUUUCUCUUUUGAUACGGAUUGCGUAAAUGUCCUGCGAAGGAUGCGCUGAGAUAUGUGACAUCUCUAACAUCAUCUUCAGAUAAACUGUACUAAGCCUCCCCAUUUCCUCUCCGGCCAUGGGUCCAUUUGGAUCUGCAGGGACCCUCUUCUGGAUGCUCCUCAUUAGCAGGUUAUUGGAGAGCACCAUGCUCAAUGCAGAAGUGAAGGAAGGAGAAAUACUGCCUCCAACCAUCCAGAAGCUGAUGAAAGGAUAUAACAAGUACCUGAGGCCUUUCUUUGACAAUGGCCCUGUUACGGUCGGUAUGAGCUUGGACAUCGCCAGCAUUGACACCAUUUCAGAGAUCAACAUGGACUACACGGCCACCAUAUUCCUACGGCAGCGCUGGACAGAUGAGCGUUUGGUCUUUGAAGGCAACAAGAGCCUGAGCCUGGAUGGACGGCUAGUGGAGCUGCUCUGGGUUCCUGACACCUUCAUUGUGGACUCGAAGAAGUCUUUUCUUCACGACAUCACUGUGGAGAAUAGACUGAUCCGCAUCUUCCCAAAUGGGACCGUCCUUUAUGCGCUGAGGAUUACCACCACUGUGGCCUGCAACAUGGAUUUGACCAAGUACCCAAUGGACAAGCAGACCUGCACACUCCAACUGGAGAGCUGGGGCUACAAUAUCAACGAUGUCAUGUUCUACUGGACCAGGGGGAAUGAGUCUGUCAGCGGCCUGGACACCCUUCAGCUUGCUCAGUACACAGUCGAGGACCACUACACCUCCGUGUCAGAGGCUAUCUACGAAACCGGUCACUACCCAAAGUUGGUCUUCCACUUUGAACUGAAGAGGAGCAUCUUGUACUUCAUCCUGGAGACAUAUGUCCCCUCAAGCCUGCUGGUUGUCCUCUCUUGGGUGUCGUUCUGGAUUUCCCUGUCCUCUGUUCCAGCACGUAUUUGUAUAGGAGUGACCACCGUGUUGACGAUGACCACGCUGAUGAUGGGGGCCCGCACUUCGCUGCCCAACGCCAACUGCUUCAUCAAAGCUAUUGAUGUGUACUUGGGAAUCUGCUUCAGCUUCAUCUUUGGGGCCCUCAUCGAGUACGCUGUGGCCCACUUCUGCACCCUCACCUAUAGCGACUCGCACAUGCUCAUGUACGGCCACCAAAUGCACAACUUGGAUGAUGAGAUGAACGGCAUCGUCACCACCAUCUCCACCCACCGCGAAAGGGCAAAGAGACGCAAGGAGCCCGACACGGGUCCCGCUCCUGCUCCCGCCUCCACUGAAUUGGCCGCCAGCCCAUCGAGCCCAACGGGCAGCGAGCCCAAACACGAGGCGCCGCCGCCAGAACCCACCAACUGGUGCCUCACUCUUCUGGCCACACUUCGGAAAGUGCUCAGUUUCAUAAGCUGCUGUCAUAUAAAGAACCCGCAUCACAUAGACAACUACUCAAGAGUCACCUUCCCUUUGUCUUUUGUCAUUGUUAACCUUCUUUACUGGACAUAUUAUCUGUACUUUUAGCGUUUAUCACAGUAUUUAGACUUUAUUAUACUUUAAGCGUUUCUAACGAGGUGAGUUUUUGUAUGUUUGAGUUCACAGGAAGGAAAAGGUUCAUGCCUUCAUAACCUCGGUACUGCUUUCAUUUGUGAGCACAAACUUUGAAUAUUGGAUCCACUCUGAAUUCUAAGCUGUUCUAGCCUCCGUGAUGCAAAGCGGUGAGCUUUGACACUCAUUAACGUGACAUAAAGUAUAUACAUAUUUAUCACUGUAACGCAAUUAUCGGAAUUGCGUCGCCGCUCUGGGUAAGCGGAUAACACGGAGAAGAUAGAGCUGUAAUUUAUGGCUAAAAUGUCCAGCAGUGCUGAGGCAGGACGAAUGGUUGUUCCUCUUUUAGUCUCACUUGUGAUGGAUUGAUACCGUAUUCAUUUUUUCCUCUCUGCCUGAAGGUACAACUUUUGAGGAAAAUGGAAAAAAAUGGAAGAGCGUUGAAUGGAAAAAAAAAAGGAGAAAUCGAUGCGGAAGAAUCAGUUAUGAUGGGAGGGUUUUAAAAACUAUAGAACCCAAUAUUUUUCUGUCUUGUUCUUCCUAUAGUAUAGUAUUUAUGUAAAUUAUGUGACAGGGAAUAGCACAAACAAUUUCCUACAAAGCUCAUAACUCCGCACUAUACUGAUAUCAGUCACUGUUAAAUGAGUUCACUAAAUAUUGUACUCAUAACAAAAUCAUAAUCAAAUCAGCCAAAUGUUGUAUGUAUCGUAUGUAGCCUAAUUUAUCUUGGUUUUUAUUACGACUUAGUUCCAAAAGGUCAGACAAAAAAAUCUGUUUAAAAUCUGUAAAUCUGUUCCAGAUUAACGGAAAACACAUUUUAAAGACAAUAAACAUAAUUUUGAAAUACUUAUAAAUGACGAUUGAAAUGUGUACAUGAAAAUGUAACAUCACUUUUAUGUUUGAAAACUGUGGUUGGUGAAGACGGCCAGCAGAGUGGAGAGAAA